CAUUGUUGUGAAGAGUCUUAAAGGGGCCGCAACACCCCGCCGGCCCGGUGCGGGGGCGGGGGCGGGGGCGGGGGCGGCGGGAGUCCCGGGGCAGCCGAGCGCGGACGAAGGACAAGAAGACGGGCAGGGGUCGCGGGAGCGGGCGAAGAGGAGCAAGCAUCAGACCGACCCCCUCGAACAGGCCCCGCCCCGGCCCCGGCCCGGCCGGAUGGACCCCCCAGCGGCCAAGCGGAGCCGGGGCUGCCCCGCAGGACCGGAGGAGCGCAACGCCGGGGUCGCGACCGUGCGCGGCCGGGGCCGACCCGAGGCGCUGCUGGACCUCAGCGCCAAGCGAGUAGCCGAGAGUUGGGCCUUCGAGCAGGUCGAGGAGCGGUUCUCCCGGGUGCCGGAGCCAGUCCAGAAGCGCAUCGUGUUCUGGUCGUUUCCACGCAGUGAACGGGAGAUAUGUAUGUACUCAUCACUAGGCUACCAGCCCCCAGAAGGCGAGCACGAUGCACGGGUGCCUUUCACCCGUGGGCUACACCUACUGCAGAGCGGGGCGGUAGAUCGGGUGCUGCAAGUGGGGUUCCACCUGAGCGGAAACAUCCGGGAGCUGGGGGGCCCUGGAGAACCUGAGCGCCUGUACCACGUCUCCAUCAGCUUUGACCGCUGUAAGAUCACAUCUGUGAGCUGCGGCUGCGACAACCGCGACCUCUUCUACUGUGCCCACGUGGUGGCCCUGUCGCUGUACCGCAUUCGGCAUGCCCGCCAGGUAGAGCUGCGACUGCCCAUCUCCGAGACGCUCUCCCAGAUGAACCGGGACCAGCUACAGAAAUUUGUACAGUACCUUAUCAGCGCCCACCACACUGAGGUGCUGCCCACUGCCCAGCGCUUGGCAGACGAGAUCCUUCUCCUGGGCUCCGAGAUCAACCUGGUGCAUGGUGCCCCAGACCCCACAGCGGGUGCGGGCAUCGAGGACGCCAACUGCUGGCACCUGGACGAGGAGCAGAUCCAGGAGCAGGUGAAGCAGCUACUGUCCAACGGCGGCUACUAUGGCGCCAGCCAGCAACUGCGUUCCAUGUUCUGCAAGGUGCGGGAGAUGCUGCGGAUGCGGGAUUCCAACGGGGCACGCAUGCUGAUCCUCAUGACUGAGCAGUUCCUGCAGGACCCGCGCCUGGCCCUGUGGCGACAACAGGGUGCUGGCAUGACGGACAAGUGCCGCCAGCUGUGGGACGAGCUGGGGGCCUUGUGGGUGUGCGUCGUCCUGAGUCCCCACUGCAAACCAGAGGAGCGGAUGAGCUGGCUCCAGCUGCUUGGCAAGUGGGACAAGCUGGAUGUGUGCCCGCUGGAAGAAGGCAACUACUCUUUCGAUGGGCCCAGCCUGCAGCCCACGUCGGCCCUCAGCCCAGGCCCAGAGGAGGAAGAGGAGGUGGUGGCUACAAGUUCCCGCCACACUGUGUUUGGCCGCGCCCUGCAGGCUGGGUCCCUGCACUGGAGUGACGCCCACCUGCAGAGGAUCCUGGCCGGUGACUCCUGCAGCCCCAGCCUCACAGGCAACAUGGGCAGCGACAAGCCAGCCUUCGACUCCCAGGGCCGCCCACUCUGGUUGGGUGAGCCCUUCCCCACCGCCUGUGCUCGUGUGGACACCCUGAGGGCCCACGGAUACCCCCGCCAGGCCCUGCGGUUGGCAGGCGCCAUAGUGAAUACACUCCGGUUACAGCGGCGACAUCAGCUUGAGAGCUACAAGCAGCAGAAAAAAGAGCUACUGCAGAAAGGCUCCACCUGCAUCACCAACAUGGAAGGAUGGGUAGGCCACCCCCUGGACCCUAUUGGCUGCCUCUGCAGGGCACUUCUGGAGGCCUCUCGCCUAGAGGAGGAGACCCUCGCCCUUUACCCAGACUCAGGCCCUGAGAAGCGCAAGGUGGCCUACCAGCACGUCCCGGUGCCCGGGAGCCCUGGGGAGUCCUACUUGGCGAUGGCGCUAGAGGUGGCACUGCUGGGCUUGGGACAGCAGCGGGCCCUGCCCGAGGGGCUGUACGCCCAGGACAAAGUGGUGCGCAACGAAGAGCAGCUGCUCGCCCUCCUGGAGGAGGUAGAACUAGAUGAGCGGCUGGUGCAGGUGCUGCGCAAGCAGGCAGGACAGCUGCUGGAAGGGGGCCCCUUCAGCGGCUUUGGAGAAGUGCUUUUCCGGGAGAGCGUGCCCAUGCACACCUGUGCCCGCUACUUGUUCACUGCACUGCUGCCCCACGACCCUGACCUGGCCUACCGACUCUCGCUGCGAGCCAUGAGGCUGCCUGUACUGGAGACAGCGUUUCCAGCUGGAGAAACUCACAGCAACCCACUGGACUCCAUCAUGAGUAACCGCUUCCCCCGCUGGUUCAUCCUUGGCCACCUGGAGACCCGCCAGUGUGAGCUGGCCUCCACCAUGCUGACAGCUGCCAAGGGAGACCCCAAGUGGCUGCACGCAGUAUUGGGCUCCAUCCAGCAGAACAUCCACUCUCCAGCCCUGCUCUUCAAGCUGGCACAGGACGCCUGCAAGACAGCCACCCCAGCCAGUGCGCCCCCUGACACCACAUUGCUGGGCAUUGCUCUGGAGCUGGGCCUACAGGUGAUGCGGAUGACCCUGAACACCAUGACCUGGCGUCGGAGGGAGAUGGUGCGCUGGCUGGUCAGCUGUGCCACCGAAAUCGGCCCACAAGCCCUGAUGAACAUCAUGCAAAACUGGUACUCUUUAUUCACACCUGUGGAGGCGGCCACCAUCGUGGCCGUGACGGGCACCACUCAUGCCACACUGCUGAGGCUGCAGCUGGAUGCAUCCCGGCGAGAGGAGCUCUGGGCCUGCGCCCGCACCCUGGCCUUGCAGUGCGCCAUGAAAGACCCACAGAACUGCGCCUUGCCCGCCCUCACCCUGUGCGAGAAGAACCACGCAGCCUUUGAGGCAGCCUACCAGAUCGUGCUGGAUGCCGCAGCCGGCGGCCUGGGCCAUGCUCACCUCUUCACCGUGGCCCGCUACAUGGAGCACCGUGGGCUGCCGCUGCGGGCCUACAAGCUGGCGACACUGGCCUUGGCACAGCUCAGCAUCGCCUUCAACCAGGACAGCCACCCCGCUGUCAAUGAUGUGCUCUGGGCCUGCUCACUCAGCCACUCGCUGGGCCGGCACGAGCUCUCUGCCAUCGUCCCUCUCAUCAUCCGGAGCAUCCACUGCGCCCCCAUGCUCUCCGACAUCCUGCGCCGCUGGACCCUCUCAGCGCCCGGCUUGGGUCCCCUUGGGGCCCGCCGGGCUGCCAAGCCACUGGGCGCCGACCGGGCACCGCUCUGCCAGCUGCUGGAUGCAGCAGUGGCCGCCUACAUCACCACCAGCCACUCCCGCCUGACGCACAUCAGCCCGCGGCACUAUGGCGACUUCAUUGAGUUCCUAGGCAAGGCCCGCGAGACCUUCUUGCUGGCACCCGAUGGACACCUCCAGUUCGCCCAGUUCUUGGAGAACCUCAAACAGACCUACAAGGGAAAGAAGAAGCUCAUGCUCCUGGUGAGGGAGCGUUUCGGCUGAGGGACAGCAGGCAGGUGGGGGGGGGGGCUCCCCCUUCACCCUGCCUCUGUGGCACCUGCUGUCCAUCAGGGGCCUUGACACUGGAGGCCCUUGUGGCAUUUCAGUAUUAAGUCAGGGAAGGAGCCCACCUGGAGCUGGGUGGUCUUGCCUGCCAUCCCCCCACUCCUGGAAGGAGAUGGGAGGCAGGGGGUGGCAUCCUGCCACAUGCGUGCCUGGGAGCGUGCGAGUGAGUGUGCAAGAUGUGAGGAUUGGAAGCCAUACCACCACCCAGAGGCCUGGAACGGGGUGUGUGCUUGUGCAGCUGGUAUGACCCCCCCAACCUUGGGCACCCCAGAAGCAAUAGGCAAAAGCUCUCCCUUCGUAAACCCACUUGGGCUGGGGUGGAGGGGCUGGGAGGCAGGACUUUCCAGAAACUGGCUCUCAAAGUCAGUGUAGCAGACCCUAGCUGCACCCAACUCCGGGUGGCCGAAAGGCUUGUGUUAGGGCAUCUAAACUCCCCUGUACCCUUCCUUCACAGCUUCAGGGGCCCCACCCACAGCCCUGCGCCAUCUCCCCCCAGGCGGCCCAGCUGGGACCAAUGGCUCACCCCCACUGAAGGAUUUGAAGAGGCUUCAGGCCUCGUCCACAUACCUCACCCCCAUCCCGUCAGGACUCCCAUUCCCUUGGGUGCCGGGGUCCCAAGGCGGGCUGGGGGAUCGUUACUGCCCCUUCCUCCCACACCUGCUAGUCACUGGACAUACAACUCAGGAACUGAGCCAGGCUCACACUGUCCUCCAAACCCAGUGUGUGGGGGGAGACAAGCACAGGCAAGCCAAGGACCCCUGCCCCCGAUCUAGAAAGAGGCCAACAUCUUAGCAUUUUCUGGCUCUCUGUCUCUCCCUUUCUCCUCCUCUGCCUCCCUGCUCUGCCCUUCAUCUUAUUCUCCCUUCUCUUAUUUCUCUCCAGCUAGCCUUUUUGUUUGCAUCCCAAGUCGCAGCUGGUUGUCUCUUUGGCCUCCCUUCCCCCACCUUGGUUCAGGGAGGAAAGGGUCCCACCCCAAUGACCCUCCUCUGUCUUUUCUCCUCUUAUAAUUAAGGACAAAGAUCAUCAUA